GAAGGCACAGGACAAAAGGCAAAACAGUGCCAGACAAACAGCCACCCAGACAGGACUCCUCCUAAACCAGGGGCGACCAUGACCUGCUGCGAAGGAUGGACAGCCUGCAAUGGAUUCAGCCUGCUGGUUCUACUUCUGUUCGGAGUAAUUCUCAACGCAAUACCUCUAAUUGUCAACUAUGUGGAUGAAGACCAAUUUUUUGAAAACCCCAUCUCCUGCUUUGAAUGGUGGUUCCCUGGAAUUAUUGGAGCAGGUGUGAUGGCCAUUCCAGCAACAACGAUGUCCUUGGCAGCGAGGAAAAGAGCGUGCUGCAACAACAAAACCGGGAUGUUUCUUUCAUCACUUCUGAAUGCCAUCACAGUCAUCGGAGCUGCAUACUGCCUGCUGGUGUCCAUCCAGGCUCUCGAGGAGGGCCCUCUCAUUUGCAACUCUCAAAGCAACGCAACUUCCAGUUGUGAAUUUUCACUUAAAAACUUAACUACCAAUUACCACGAAUCCUUUGAUCUGCAGUGGUUCUUCGAAGACUCUUGUGUUCCUCCUACAGAUUCCAACAAUCCUUCCAUCACCAACACAACAGCCAGUAACUGGAGAGUACACAACUUGCACUUCAAUUCUAUAGAAAACAAACACAGGAUUAUCCAUGUCUCAGUAUUUUUAGGCCUGCUGCUCGUGGGCAUUCUCGAGAUGCUGUUUGGACUCAGUCAGAUCAUCACUGGCUUCCUUGGCUGUCUGUGUGGAGGAGUCUCUAAGCGAAGAAGCCAAAUCGUGUAGUUUAAUAACAAUAAAAUGGAAAUACUAGCUUAAAUCAUUUGAGAACCUUUAAAAGACAUGCUUUUAGAAGUUCAAUAAUAGAACAUUACCUAGAAAGCUGUGGAUGAGUCAGUUUAGCCCAAAG